AUGCAUGUACAAGCCGCCAACCACAGCCCAUUCUUGUUGAGUCAGCCAAUCCGUCCCCUAUUUCCUCAGGAAUCUUUUCCAUUACCUACCUCCGCGCUCGAAUUAGGGGUGGAUAUUCCUUCCCAUUUCCGCCAUCUAUACAUCCCCGCAUUUCCAGUCAGGACGCGAUUCGGCGUUAUGGCGGAGGGGAAGCGAGUGCGCUUGGGGUUCGUGGGCGCGGGGCAGAUGGCGGAGGCGCUUGCGCGGGGGAUGAGCGCAGCGGGGGUUGUAGCAGCGAGCGACAUGAGCGCCAUGGAUCUGAGUCAGGAGCGACUGGCGGUGUUUGCUGACAUGGGGGUGGCUGCUAAGGCAACCUGCAAAGAGCUCGCAGCAGCCAGUGACGUCAUCUUUAUUGCAGUGAAACCCCACACAGUGAAGGCAGUGCUGUCGGAACUGAGGGACAGCACCGCAAUUACGAGCAACCACCUGGUUGUGUCGAUUGCUGCCGGUGUGACGAUUGCUAACCUGCAGCAGUGGGCGGGUGACGAGGCAAAGAUUGUGCGAGUCAUGCCGAAUACCCCUUGUCUUGUGGGGGCGACAGCAGCAGCCAUGAGUCUGGGCAGCAAGGCAACAGCAGAGGAUGCAGCAUUGGUGCGGCGCAUGUUUGAAGCAGUGGGGAAAAUACAGCAGGUCGAGGAAAAGCUGCUUGAUGCUGUCACUGGGCUCAGUGGCAGCGGACCAGCAUAUGUGUUCAUGGCCAUAGAGGCGCUGGCGGAUGGAGGGGUGGCCGCUGGCUUGCCCAGAGACGUUGCUCUCUCCCUCGCCGCUCAAACGGUGUAUGGAUCUGCAAAGAUGGUGUUGGAAACUGGCAAGCACCCCGGCCAACUUAAAGACUCAGUGGCCUCUCCUGGAGGUACAACAAUUGCAGGAAUUCAUGCUCUAGAGAAGGGAGGAUUCCGAGCGACGUUGAUGAAUGCAGUUGUUGCAGCCACAGAAAGAAGCAAGGAGCUGUCUAAAGCGGAAGAAGCCGAAGCGGGGGGACAAUCAGGAGGAAGCGCGGCUCCGGCGGAAGGAGCGGAAGUCGGGGAACAAUCAGGCGGAAGCUCGGAUAUAGCGGAAGAAGCGGAAUCCGGAAAGCAAUCAGGGGGAGGCGCGGGCGAGUUGAAAGGCGGCGGAGGAAGAGGAGGGGCGGAGAGUGAGGAGGAGGAGAGUGGGGAGGAGGGGGAUGUGGAGGAAAACGGGAGAGUAGAGGAGAAGAGUGGGAAGGAGGAAGGAGGUGCGGAAGAUUUAGAUGGGGAAGGGGCGAAAAUAGUGGCGGAAGCAGAGGCGGAGAUAGAGGCGGAAGGAGAGGCGGAAGAAGAGGCGGAAGGAGAGGCGGAAGAAGAGGCGGAAGAAGAAGAGGAAGGAGAGGCGGAAGGAGAGGCGGAAGAAGAGGAGGAAGGAGAGGCGGAAGGAGAGGCGGAGGGAGAGGCGGAAGAAGAGGAGGAAGGAGAGGCGGAAGGAGAGGCGGAAGAAGAGGCGGAAGCAGAGGCGGAAGCAGAGGCGGAAGGAGAGGCGGAAGAAGAUGGGGACGCAGAGGCGGAAGCAGAGGCGGAAGGAGAGGCGGAAGAAGAUGGGGACGCAGAGGCGGAAGCAGAGGCGGAAGGAGAGGAAGCAGGAGAGGAGGAAAGAGCGGAUGAAGGGGGGGGGAACGAGGAGGAGGAUGAGGAGAUGGAGGGGGAAGAGGAGGAGGUCGGAGCACAAGGGGAAGAGGGAGAGGAGGAGGGAGAGGAGGGAGAGGAGGAGGGAGAGGAGGAGGAGGGAGAGGAGGAGGAGGAGGAGGAGGAGGAGGAGGGAGAGGAGGGCGAAGAGGGAGAGGAAGAGGAGGGAGAGGAGGAAGAGGAAGUGGAGAGGGAGGAGGGGGAGGAGGGGGACGAGGAAGAGGAAGAGGAGAGGGAGGAGGGUGAGGAAGGGGAGGAAGAGUAUAUGGUGUUGAGCGAGCAAGCAGUGAGGCAAAAGAAACUAGACGACUACGCUCGCUCCUUUGCUCCCAUUAUGAGGAACGUUCUCGAUCCCAAGAGACACUAUCGAUCAGCCGACUCUAAGAAGCUUCCAACACAUUUUCAGAUUGGCACAGUGGUGGAGGGAGCAGCGGACUUUUACAGCAGCAGGCUGACACGGAGGGAGAGGAAGCAGAGCUUUGCAGCAGAGCUGUUGCACGAUGAGGAGCUGAAGAAGUACAGGAAGCGCAAGUUCCUGGAAAUUGCGGAGGAGAAUCAGCGCAAGGGCAGGAGGCACCUGGUGAAGAAGCAGGAUAGGAAGAACCCCACUUGGGCCAGGGCAGCACCCAAAUGA